CGCGCACUAUUGGCCCGGCGACAGACGAAACGCGCGUUCGCUCCAUAUUCGAACAAAAAUUUAAAAAUCGAAGUGUCAAAUAGACAUUUGUUCUAUUAUUAUUUUUUUUAUUUGUUAUUUUUUUAUUAAAUAGUGUUGUGACUUUAGUUUUCUUACUAUGGAUCCCGAAAAGAAACCUAGUUCGGAAGUGACUGUGGACGAUAUUUUGACGAUUUUGGGCCCAUUCGGAAAAUUCAAUGUUUUUAGUUUCGUUAUGAUAUUGUUCCCUGUAUUUCUGGCGGGAAUGUAUUCUUCAGUUUAUAAUUUUGAAGUUAUGGAUCUUAAAUAUAGAUGUUCAGUCCCAGAAUGCGAAGACAACCCCGAUCACAUCAACUUCACGAUACCCCAUGAUAGUGAUGGUAUACCGUCCAAGUGCUUACGAUACGCUCCCUUUAACAACGUAUCAUCCUUCUAUAGCAACGACAGCCAAUGCUAUCCACACUACUAUGACACGUCGACGGAGAUUGGAUGCGAGUCCUAUGUGUACUUGGAGGAACAUUCCAUUGUGAAGGAGUUCGACCUCGCCUGCCAAGACUGGAAGCGUUCCUUAGUGGGCACAGUUCACAACGCGGGAUUUUUCAUCGCAAUCCCGCUGACAGGGCUCAUAUCCGACAAAUAUGGCCGCCGUCCCGCCCUCAUCUUCGCAUCGGUGGCCAAUGGCGUGUUCGGAGUCAUUCGGGCAUUGUCGGUUAAUUACAACAUGUUCGUUGUGUUUGAAUUUUUGGAACCUGCGUUUGGAGCUGGAGUUUAUACAGCGUGUUUUGUGCUUGCAUUGGAGCUCGUGGGACCAAAAGGCAGAGUCUUCGUCAGCCUCCUCUUCAACACCAUGUUCAUCCUUGGAGGCGUCACAGUCACUCUCCUCUCCUGGUGGCUCCUCAACUGGAGGUACCUCCUCUUCAUCAUCUACACUCCUGCAGUCUUCGUCUUCAUCUACAUUUGGGCUCUCCCAGAGAGCUUCAGAUGGCUCUUCAGUAAAGGAAGAUACGAAGAAGGGUUGAACGUCCUCAGCAGGUCAGAGAAGAUGAACAACGUGACUGUUCCCAAAGACCAUUACGAACAAGUUGAAAAGCAAGCCACGAAACAGAGAGACGAGAGAAAAUGUGACAAUGCUGAGAGGAACCAGUCGACCUUCAAUCAGAUGCUCACGUCUCCUAUGAUAUGGAAAAGACUGUUCAUCUGUUCUUUCCUUUGGAUAUCCUCGACGCUGGUCUACUACGGUCUUUCGAUUAAUGCUAUUGAGCUCUCCGGGAAUAGAUAUGUGAACUACAUAGUGAUCUUGGUGAUUGAAGCUCCAGCCAAUGUGUGUAAGCUGAUCUUUUUAGACAGAUUUGGAAGGAAGAGGGUGAUCGCUACUGCGUAUUUCUUGACUGGAUUGAUUCUGAUCAAUUAUGGAUUUGUACCAGUGGGCAACUGGUCAAUACUUCUCUACUUGGGUGGCAAGUUCUUCAUAACGCUAGCCUACAACUCCCUCUACGUGUUUGCUGCUGAAGUGUUCCCUACGAACUACAGAACCUCUCUCCUUGCAAUGUGUUCUACCAUCGGGAGGAUAGGGUCCACAGUUGCACCACAAACUCCUUUACUGACGAGGUACUACGAAUACCUCCCCACAAUGAUAUUUGGAGGGAUGGCAGCGUUAUCAGGAUUCUUAGUCCUCACAUUACCAGAAACAAACAACCUUAAACUACCAGACUCCUUGAAGGAAGCUCAGGAUCAAGACCGAAGAAAAGAGAUAGAAGAUACAGUUGAAAGAACCGUCGAAAGAACUACAACCACAGAUAAUAAAACUAGGUUAUAAUAAUAAUUUAUUAGUUUAUAAGUAAUUUUGUCAUUUUGAGCCAAAGGAGAAAAGUUGGAACAAAAUAUUGAACUAAAAAUAUUUUUUUGGUUAUGUCAGUAGCUAUAGGCAGAUCAUCGCGUUACCUUUGCCAGAAAAAAAAUUAAGUAAAUGACGUUUGUCAAAUUAAGGGCCUGUUUCACUAAAGUUUUUUUUAUGUAAAAAAAACGCUUUUAUGCAACGCACCUGUGACUUCACUGGUGUUGCGGGUGUCUAUUAGCGGCGCUGAUCGCUUACCAUCAGGUGACCAGUCUGCUCGUUUGCCACCUAUUCCAUAAAAAAAAUCUUUUUACAGGGUUAUGUGUAUAUUUAUCGUGAUUUUCGUUAAAAUAGAGAAACACUCAAGCUGGUUGUGAAUUCUGUUUGACAUUUUACCUUUCAAAGAGCUUACAAUUGUGUAGUAGUAUAAAUUUAUUUUGAUUUUAUCUCACAUGGCUGCAUUGAUGGAAAUUGUUUACUACAGUGAAACAAGUAAUAGUCUUCAAAUAAAUUAUUAUGUUAUCGGCAUACUCGACUAGUUUCAAGCCAUGCUAGAGGUUUAUAUUCAGUAGCAGCGAGACAGUCGCCACGUCGUGUGUCGCGGAAUGUAGCUCAUGAAUAUGAGCCUCUAGCAUGGCUAACAUAAUAAUUAAUGUAGUAUGUCUUCAAGUUACUAAGACUGAUGCAUGUAAUACACUGUAAUAUACUGUUAAACAAAUUACAUCAUAGUACAAGUUAAUCACGUUGCAGUUGUAAAUUUUUGAAGACAGAAAUAUUUAAAGUAGGUAAGCACCUACGCCUUUGCCAAACAUAAAAAUAUACAUAGCUAGCUAUAUAUAAAUAUUUUAUUAUGACCAACCUUUAAAAUCACUUUUAAUUAUAAAUAAUUAAAUGAAUUUGUCAUUCCAAUUAACACACAAACCUUUACAAUGAUAUUAUCUUAAUGCAAUCUUAUUAUAAAUGUAAUCUCGAUAUUGUCAGUGGCACUUCCCAUUACUAUAUUACCUAAUAUUGUUCUAAUGUUCCAAGCAAAUGACAUACAUACAUAAUUAAGUUUUAAUUAAUAAGCAAGGCUUGUGAUUAUUAAUAUUAGAUUAACAUAUCGGAUGUAGGACAACUUAAUUAGUUACAUCUAAUAAAAAGUUACAAAGUCAAUAUUAAUUCCUUUUAAAAGUAAUACUAGCAAUAAUGCUUUUAAUGCCUCUUCACAAUUUUUUUUUCCUAAUAAAAUAUUCUCUCUAUGUUACUAGAUUUCUUACUGCUCAUAAAAAAAAUGGUACAAAGAUGUAUUUUUUCUUUAGUUUAAGAAAUAUAUGUACAAAAUACAAAGCAAUCGUAAACAUGUAGGUACAUAUUAAUUUAAGGUUAGUUAGUAGGUAGUAUUAAUAAAUUAUUUUAAGCGAACAUAAUAAUAUUAUUAAAAGAAAAAUUUAAGCUAUUUCUGUUUGUGUCAAAUGGUUUAUGUUUUUCUUUAAGUAAAGUAUGAUUGGAGCUUUAUUUUGAUAUUUAUGUAUAAAAUAUUUAAAUAACUUGUAAAUUACCAGAAGU